AUGUGGGGAGAUAUGCUGACGAAUCGGGAGCGGAGCAGGGUCUAUACCAGCACAGUCGGCACAAACGGCAAAGCGCACGUAUCGCAUUUUUUGCCUAAUUUCAUUGUGGCAUUCAGCUCGGUAUCGGUAGUAAUGACCUCCCUCAGCACCCUCUCGAGCGGAAUUCAUUACGACGAGGCUUCCAACGGGACGCGACCGUACAUUCUGAUGAUGCAUCUUCCAUUCGACAGCAAUAGACAAUCCGUGUAUCUAUUCGUGAUAUUUAUACAAUUUUUCUACGUGUUGAUAAUUACCACCGGGGCCGCCUCUCUUAAUUCGGUUCUUAUUAUUUUGAUGCUGUACUUAGGCGAUGAGAUCGACGUCAUUUGUAGUUGGUUGAUGAACAUGGAUGAGAACGAGCACAAAGCGAGCGUGGUGAAGAAAAUAAUCCGGAAACACCAGAGUGUCAUAAGUUUUUCGAAAAACGUUGAGAUGCUCUACACGUACAUCGCGUUGAUGUUAAUCGUGCUCAAUACUUUAAUCACUUGCGGCUUGGGCUUCAUACUCGUCACGUCAAUCGAAUCGCCUAAUUUCUCCACAAUAUUAAUGAAGAACCUCUUGUUUUAUUGCGCAAUUAACAUUGAGACCUUCGUAUUUUGCUUCGCCGGUGAAUACAUUAGUGCUAAGAGCAGAGAAAUCGGCGAAGCUGCAUACGGUUCGCCUUGGUAUCAAUCCAAAUACCACGGUCGCGCCGUUUUGUUCAUGAUAAUGAGAUCGCAGAAUCAGUUGGCGAUCACAAUGGGAAAGUUCAUGGAUCUCUCGUUGGAACGAUUCUCCAGUAUUAUAAAAGCUUCGGCGUCCUACAUGUCGGUCCUACUGGCGAUGUAUUGA